UCGCGCAUGCGCAGUGGCAGUCUCGUGCAUUGUGGGAGCGGAUUGAGAAACAUGGCGGCGCACAUCAUUGCCCGGUGUGUCCGAUCACUGAACCACCGUAUUGUAUGUUUUAACCGUAUCAAUACUGCCGCGACAUUAGCAGCAGCUCCGCUCACCCAUGGCCGAACAUUUUCACAGCUGAUUAAUGGACACAAGUCUUCGCUGGCGCAGAUCUCCGGCAGUUCAUUUCAGGUUUUUCAGUGGAGGCAGUACGGUGACUUGCCCCCAUUAACCCUAGAGACUCUCCAUGACCGUGUCCUCUACGUCCUGAAGCUCUACGACAAGAUCAACCCCGAGAAGCUUCAGGCUACGUCUCACUUCAUGAAGGAUUUGGGAUUGGACAGUUUAGACCAGGUGGAGAUCAUCAUGGCCAUGGAAGAUGAAUUUGGUUUUGAAAUUCCUGAUGCUGAUGCAGAGAAGUUGAUGACACCACAAGAGAUUGUUCAGUACAUCGCAGACAAGAAGGAUGUUUAUGAAUAAGCAUAAAUAAUUGUGAGUUUACUGUUCACAUUACUUUAGUCAUUUCGGGUGAACCUUAUUAUGAACACUUGUUUUUUCUUACUCAUCCAGAUAAAGAUAAUCCCGUCAGAUGACAAAGACCAUGGAGCUUUUGUCAUGAACUGUUUAUGUUUCUGCUGUUCUUCUUUAUUCUUUUUGUAUUUAGAUACAUGUUUAAAUCGGUGUUCAUAAUUUUGUUUGUGGCUGCUUGUGAUUUGCAGCUCUGCAGCACUGUCUGCUAGAUACAUGCACAAGCUCCUCAUUCAUACAAUAAGAGUGUGCAAAUAAUAUUAAUAAUUCAUAUGAAUACUACAAA